AUGGAUAAAUUUUCAGAAAACUUAAAAAAUAUAAAAUUAUUAAAGUUAAAAUAUCAAACAAAUAAGAGUUUGUCUAAUACAAGUGAGAUGCACUCACUUAUAAAUUCAAAUGAUAAAUUAGUUGAAACAGGAAAUAUUAAAAACAAAAUACUUUCACAAUACAUUGAUGAAAGAAGGGAAUGUAUAAACAUCUUUGUUACAAAACAAAUGGAGGCUUUAAGAAGAAAAAAUGCACUGCAAAAUAUUGAAGAAGAUGCUGAACAUUUUAUACGAUUAAAUGAAUACAUAAAAAUAUUACUUGAAGAAAAUGCGAAUCCAGUAGAUAAUUUACUGUGUAACUUAGAAAAUUCAGAAAUAUAUUUGGAAGAAAGUAAUAAAAAUCUAGAAAGAUACAAGAAACGGUGGUUAAAAUGUUCUACACUUAAAAAAAUAGGAAGAAUUCUACUAUUAUUAAUAUUUGUAUUAUAUCUAUGCAAAAUUAUUUCGAUGUUUAAUUAA